AUGGCUAACCCCACCUCUUUGGGAGCGUGUCCUGCUGUUAUGAAGGCUUUUCAGGCUCAGCAGACUCUGCCGUACAGACAACUGUAUUUUCAUCAUCGGCUGACCUGCUCUAUCCCUCGUACGCCAUCCGAACGCUCACAAACCCGCCAGAGAUGCUCCUCCGAGGUAGGACGUGGUAACUUUAGCUCGAGAACAGAGAUCCCGGAAAUCACUAGGUCUACUGACGACCGGAAUCUAGCCUCGGUCAGUCGCGAGGAAACCGUAGAAGCCAAGCGUAGAACAUAUUCUCACCGGGCCGACUCCGGUGCAGACCACGGUCCGAGUCUCAGCAACUCUGAAGAUAAACUGACGGUUUCACGCGCCAGGCAGUACAGAGGAGCUGGUGUGUGCGCCACGCUGGCAACACGCUUUUCUGCCUAUCGCUGCUUCACCUAUGACCUGGACACGGCCGCAUCAACAAAUCAGGAGAAAGUAGUCCUCAAGUAUGUUACCUUGCUUCCCAUUUGCAUUUCAACCAUCAUGGGAUGCCUCCUUUUCAUCUGA